AUGGCCUCAAGCCCACCCCCACCUCCUCUUGGCACGAGCCCCCCGCUGACACCUCGAAGCCCUUCACACUCGGGUGAUGGGCCUUUUGGCCUGCCUGGCUUGGAGCCAGAGCCCGGGGGCCCACAGGCUGGGGAGCCACCCCCACCAUUGGCAGGUGACAAGCCCCACAAGUGCCCUGAGUGUGGCAAGGGCUUCCGCCGAAGCUCGGACCUGGUGAAACACCAUCGUGUGCACACAGGGGAAAAACCCUACCUCUGCCCUGAAUGCGGCAAGGGUUUUGCUGACAGCUCGGCCCGAGUCAAGCACCUCCGCACUCACCGAGGUGAACGGGCUCGGCCACCACCACCAUCCACUCUCCUGAGGCCACAUAACCCCCCUGGCCCGGCACCCACAGCCCCCCGACCCCGAGUCCGAGCCCAGCCCUCUGGACCCAGCCAGCCCCAUGUGUGUGGCUUCUGUGGGAAGGAAUUCCCCCGGAGCUCAGAUCUGGUCAAACACAGGCGAACACACACUGGGGAGAAGCCAUAUAAGUGUGCAGAGUGUGGCAAAGGUUUUGGUGACAGUUCUGCCCGCAUCAAGCACCAGCGUGGGCACUUGGUCCUGCGGCCCUUUGGGACAGGGGAUGGUCGGGCAAGGCCCCUCAAGGAGGAGCCACCAACAGGACUGGAAUGAUGGGGUCCAGGGAAGAUGGAAGCCCAGGAGACCAAAGGGAGGGUAUCUGCUGCUUAAGCAGAGAAUAAAGGGCCGGGGAGGUGGUGGGAGGGAGAAGGAGGGGAAGAAAUGGGAGAAAGGAGUGAAUAGAUAGAAAUAGAGAUUGGAGACAAUGACCUUGAAGCUCAGGAAACUGUCCUGGCUGGGCUCAGUCAGGACCUUGACACUAUGGUCUAUACCCCCAGCUUCUAGAACACUGCCUUGUAUUCUGAAUAGCGUAGGCGCUCAGUACUUACUGAAUGAAUAAACUGGCCUUAGCCUGAGGGCCCUUAAAAAACUCUAAAUUCUGCUGCCUCUUAAUCUAAGAAUUGAUCCCACCCAACCUUGCCCCUAGGAGACCAGCACCCUGGCCAGCACCAAACAGGGUUUGUUUGACCUUAUGAGCCACAACAGUGAAACUUCAGGAGUUUUGGGUGGUAGAGAGGCAGGGGCAUCUUGGAACCUUCUGAUGGGAAGAGUAUUGCUGUGUGGAUUGCAGUAUCCAGGCUCAGGCCACACUGGACAUGGUCUUAGCCAGGAAGGGCGCUGUUGGACAGCCCAGACCUAUCUGCCCUGGAGAACCCCAACCCGCCCCGACACCUGGACGCUGGCAGAAUAGACCAGAGACAGCAGAAGGGACAAACAGUCGAUGCCAAGCCCAGGUCCUGGUGGACGUCAGCAGACAAACUGGCUGGGAGAAGGGCAGGACUGGAGUGAGGAGAGGCCAGGGAAGCUCCAAGGCAGGACAGCCACAUCUCCGUGUAUCUCCUCGCCAAUAAACUUUCUUGUCUGAA